AUGGUUUCCUACAUCAAGGCUCCAGUCUACAAGGUCGCCAAGUCUGGUAUCAACCUCGCUGCUGUCAAGGCUUACGCCGGCGACUUGAUUUUCUGGGGUGGUGCUGCCGCCGCUGCUGCCGCCACCUUCACUGAUAACUGGCCAUUGUUCCAGCAGACUUUCUACUCCAAGAUCCCAUACUUCGGUCAGCACUGGAUCCACGAGCAAGACCCAGAGGACGUCCCAGUCUAA